AUGAUUGCAGGGAGAUUGGGACUGGCAGCCGGACCUGCAGGACAGACCAAAAAGUUGCAAACUGACGGCACCUACUGGCAACCAUCAAGACUGCAGAAGGGCUGGAAAGUGUCCACGGCCACACACAAAAAAGAUCUGCAGGUCACCCACCUUGUGGUGGCCCAAGACACUGCAACUCCAGAGGCAGCCCAAAUAUCCUCGGAAAACUCCCCCAGGAGAAACAAGCUUGACUACUAUGCCAUCACCAAGUUUCUGCUGACCACUGAGUCCGCCAUGAAGAUAGAAGACAACAACACACUUGUGUUCAUUGUGGAUGUUAAAACCAACAAGCACCAGAUCAAACAGGCUAUGAAGAAGCUCUGUGACAUUGAUGUGGCCCAGGUCAACACCCUGAUUCAGCCUGAUGGAGAGAAGGCAUAUGUUGGACUGGCUCCUGAUUACGAUGCUUUGGAUGUUGCCAACAAAAUUGGGAUCAUCUAAACUGAAUCCAGCUGGCUAAUUCUAAAUAUAUGUGUAUCUUUUCACCAUAAAAAAAUUAAAAGAGAGAGACGAUCCUUGAGCCAAUGGC